AUGAUGGUGACCGUGCCGAUGUUGUUGGCGGCGUUGGCUGCCGCCAUCAGCCGCUAUACUGAACAUCCUACGUUGUGUUUCGCGCGUCCUCAGCGGAUCUGGGCCCUUUGGACUUGGGGUCGAUCUCCGUGCACGCUGACACUCCUCUACCUCGGAAUCGAGAGCUCAUUCCGUCUCGCUCUUGCUGCCCACCUGUCGAAGGUGGACCCGAACGACGAUCCUGACGGAGCCGGGGGCACCUCAGACGCAGCCUCGGACCAGGAGUCUCAGUCCCAUUCGCGGCAGGAUUCCAGCACCACUGGCAGCGACGAGGCGGCUUCUCCUGUUCAGGAGCGCACUCCGGCGGGCGAGUCGCAGUCCAGUCUCGAAGCCCAUUCCCCCCAUCAGGAGUCAGCUGAAGCCGCUGGCAGUCAUGAACGGAAACGCGGUAAAUCGUCAACAACAACACAGGCUGCGCCGUGGAAAUUCGCCCGGUCAGUUCGUGUACCUGGCGUUGGAGAGACAACAUACAGCGCUUUGACGACGCAGAGAAUGAGAAUGACCGCUGCGGAAAUUCGAAGAGAAUGGUCGAGGGAGGCCGUAAACGUUGCUGCGUCCAUCGGAUGCCAGUCACUGAAGCGAGGGAAACUUCCUAGUGCUUCAGAACUGGUCGAUAUGGAAAUGCCAAUUCGCAAACGGUUCAGGACGCGUAGUGGGGCGCGCCUAGAAGAAGCUGCGGAGUUGGAAAGGAGAGCCGAAGAGAUAGAGAGGCAGCUUCAGGCAGCCGGGAUACAAGUGCCGGCUCCCCUGGAAGCCAAUGAAGCAGUCGGGGAUAUCCAGGUAGAUUCUGAUGAAAAUGCAGCAGGCCGGCGACCGAGGCACUGCGCGAGUGGGGGCAAAAGGAGAACGCAGACGAGGGCGGCGACCGACCCGCGACGUCGCCCUUCGGAGCCACAGGCCGGCACCUCGUUAGGCACUUCACUGCUGGCUAGCUCCAUCGAGGUGCGCGGCCACGAGGGUGUCACGUACGCGGAGUUGGCCAUUCGACAACUGAGGCGCUCGGCAGCCGCCUUGACACAGUCAUGGGGCGACCGGAACGCCUAUACCGUCAACCACUUUGCUGACCGAUUGCGUCGGGAGAAGCUCAACCCAACCCUCAAACAGCUUCGACGGUGGAAUAAGUCUGCGCUGGCUGCGCAUCGAACCCGCUCAGGUCCGAGGUUGGUUGAGGCACGAGCUUUGCUAGACAAUGCCCAAUUACUGGAGACGCAGAUGAGGGAGGCUGGAGUAUCUUUACCAUCCGAAGUGGAUCGCCCCGUGGGCGGCGCUUCUCAGGAACCAACUUCCAGACAACAUUCGGGGCCGUCAAGCACGUCUGCGGGUCCUGUGCGAACGUUUGCGGAGGUUGCCGCUGCCAAGCUGCGGAGAGAAGCUGCAGAUCUUCGGCUCACCUGGGGGGCUGGAAAAUCUAUGUACACGGCACAGUUUCUUGCUGACCAUAUGGCGCGGUACAACAACCCGAAUCCCGGUGCCAGUCUACUCAAGCAAUGGACGUACCAGGCGGUGAACCGAUACAAUCGGAUGGCAGAUGGGAAGCUCUCACUCGCCGCGGCGCUAGAUGCAGAGGCGGAAGACAUAGAAAAAGAAGUGGCGGCCGUCAUACCGCGCGCACGGGACCCCGAGUCGGAUUCGUCGGACCAGGAAGGCGCUCAAGAUCCCCGUGAAACACCAACUAGCACAGGGCCAUCGUCGUCCCCUACCGCACACUCCGGCGCGGGUCCGAGUGUCACAGCGGCGCUGUCAUCGGUGCCGUCUCUUUGGUUCGCGCCCGCUACUUCCGUGGGCGACUACGUCCGACGCACCGGUUCCGCCCUCUGGACGCCACCGGGCCCCUCUUCUCUGACUCGUCGCGCGGCACCAGCAGGCCAGCAGACGGGCGCAGGACAGGUGGCGACGAGCGCACGCACUGGGGGCACACGACAGGAGCAGACAUCGAGUUCGGGUGACAGCUUGGGUCGAGGCGAACUACCGCGGCCGGCCCCCACAAGCCGAGAACUCCCCCCAACACGCCGCUCAGCUGCACCUGGUUCGCCCCCUGCCAAAAGGGCCCGACUGCUGUCCAGGGGCUCACCAGGCGCUGGCAGCGCCGGGCCCCAUUCGCCUAUCCCCCCGUCUCCUGCGCAGGCGCCACCAAGGUCACCAACAGCAUAUACCCAGACUCAACCUCCAGCUGCGCCUCUGCUCGUCAGCACCGCCCCCCCAUCUGGCGCAGCCGUCGGUCCGUUAGCCACGCGCCUUCCGCCUCAUAUGUUACCGCUGAAGAAGCGGCCCCGCCAUAGUGAUACGGGUGGCGACCGCACAUAG